CAAGAACAGCUCGUAAGAUAUGUCCUGGGUACCUCUUUAAGCUGUGUUUGUUUAUUCCCUCUGAUGGGCCUGACUGAUCUGGCCUUGUAGGGGCUCCGUUUGGCUGUUGGGCCUGGUGAUUUUCUCGCUUGGCCGUAAGGUCACAAACUUCCUGCGCCCCUACGCCUUUUCUUUCUUUCUUUCUUUCUUUUUCUUCCCUGGUGUUUUUCGCAGCAUUUCGAUGUACGCGACUUUUUUUAUAUUUUUUAUUUUUACUUUUCUAAGUUAUCAUUUAAAAACUUACAUUAACGUGCUCCUUUCAAUAUCUCGUGUAGGACCGGCUCGGAUCCCGGAGCGCAGCACAUUACCCGUCAACUCCAAUCUCUACCGCGUACACGACUGCAGUAGGGCCACAUACAUGUUGACGCCGAGAUGCUUGUGUCAUCUCUUGUUGUCGCCCUCUACGCUGUUGGCGCGAGAGCUGCUCUACGCCAAUUCAAUUUCACCGUUCACAGUGCUUUCAAAUCUCCAGAUGGAUUCGAGCGCGAAGUGUAUCUCAUUAAUGGCCAGCAGCCGGGGCCUUUGGUUGACGUGGAUGAAGGGGACGAUGUCAAAAUUUUUGUCCAGAACGACUUGAAUGUCGAGACCACCAUCCACUGGCAUGGUUCGUUAUCUCCCUGAUCAGAGGUACCGCACCAAAUAGCCGCUAAAAACAAUUCCCCGAACUAGGACUCUUGCAGCGAGGAACUCCCCAUAUGGAUGGUGUGCCAGGUGUUACACAGGACCCCAUUCCUCCAGGGGGCAACUAUACCUAUCGGUUUUCUACGGCGUCCGAGUACGGGUUUUUUUGGUACCAUUCUCACUUCCGUGCCUAUUAUAAUGACGCCAUUCGCGGUCCACUUCUCAUCCGACCGGCCGCAUCACGCCAACGUCCGUUCGCAACACUGGCUCAAGAUCAGGACGAGCUCGCAGCGCUCCUGGCCGCUGAACGAAAUGCGACAAAUGUCCUUCUGAAUGACUGGACGCAUGAACUCUCGGAUGUCGUAUUUGCGCGAUAUAUGAAGACCGGUGCUUUCCCGUCGUGUGUUGAUAGUAUUUUGGCUAACGGCCAAGGAAGGGUACAGUGCCUCCCGAAGAGCGCCCUUGAGUCCGGACCAGGGCUCGGAAUAGAGCCGAAAAAGACAACUACAGCACUCGGGACAUCAGCGACCACUUCCGAAAUGCAACAUAUGUCGGAUAUGCCAAGCAUGGACAUGUUGAAAGGACGCGAUAUGCAUGACAUGCCCAUGGAGUCACCUGUGAGCCCGGUCACAUCACGGCCAUCUGCCACCAUGUCAAUGGACCACUCUACUUCUCCAGCAUCCUCGGGGAUGCCUGAUAUGCCGGGAAUGGACUCUUUGAAUCCCCGUGGCUGUAUGCCGCCCAUGAUGUUCAAGCCGGGGUUCAAUAUAUCGUCGCUGCCGCCCGAGACCUGCACCAACACGACCUCGCAUUUGCUAGUCAUCUCUACGGAUCAGUCGAGAGGUUGGUUGGCUCUCAACUUGGUCAAUUCUGGUGCCGUCAGUGCCCUGAGGGUCUCGUUGGAUGGGCAUUCAAUGUUUGUCUAUGCUGCCGACGGCCUUUAUACUAAGCUACAAGAGGUGAAUGUGCUUCACAUGGAGCUCGGCCAGCGGUAUUCCGUUAUGGUUAAGCUUGAUCAGUCUCCUGGGAAUUACUACCUCAGAUUCACUACUUUCCCCAGCGGCGACAUGCAGCAGGUCCUUGAAGGGCAGGCGAUCGUAUCAUAUAAUGCUGACAAUAGUUCCACCACGGACGUUAUAGAAGAUCCAGCGAAGUCGUGGAUGUACAUUAACGGAUCAGCCAAGGCGGACGCUGCCCUACUUGACCCCUCGGCACUCUCUCCAUUCGACGGCCACAAUUCGCCACCUUCGGGGCGGCCCGAUAAGGCUUUGUCUUUUGUCGUGAGCCAGACAGACAUUGUGACCUGGGUAAUCGAUCGUGCUCCGUUCUCGGAGCCAGACGUCCCUAUCAUCUAUGGGGAAAACUCCUCCGGCUGGAAUUCAAACACGACCAUGCACUUACCCAUCAACUCAACUAUUGAUAUCAUCAUGAGCAUUUCAAACCAAUCUAUGGAUAUGAUGGGCCAUCCGAUACACCUUCAUGGCCAUAAGUUCUGGGUUCUAGGUUCUGGUGAGGGAUCUUUUCCGUACGCAGCUGUCACAGACGCGCCAGCGGACCUCAUUAACCUUCGGGAUCCCCCUUACCGUGACACGAUGGGCCUCCCUUCGCAAGGGUGGGCUGCGAUCCGUUAUGUCACGGAUAAUCCCGGUGCUUGGAUGUUUCAUUGUCAUCUUCAGUGGCACAUCGUUGUUGGCAUGGCCAUGGUGCUUGUCGAGGGUGGAGACCAGCUUCCAGCACUGGUUGGACAAUACAAUAAAACUGCAGAUAGAAGCGGAGCAACAGAGUUGAUCGCGAGUCGUUAUGGUCCUUCCGCCACACUUGUUGCUAUCGUGGUUGUCGCCAUCACGCUUUGGUAUUGAUCUCCAGCCCAGGCAUUAUUCGCAGGAGAUUCAUGUUAAAUCGUCUACUAAAAUGGGUUAGUGGGGUCAAUCGAUUGGCUUUUACGGCUUUGGCUUACGCCGAGUCGCUUAUUGGUGCUUGUGGUGAACUAGCGCCGAUUUGGGGUAAGGGUUAAUUACACAGCAUAGAGUAGCUGAUAAGUAGGAAUAUAAACAGAAUAAUAUCUACUACUCUGUUAUAUGUAGUCACAGAGAAUAGCUAGAUGGAAUUAGUGAUAAUAUGGAGGGCAUUAUAUAAUUAAAUAAGCAGUAUUGAAUGCUACUUUGUUG